AAUAUUUUGUAAAUAAUGCUGGGUCGUGUUACGUUAGACGAUAAUAGUUAUGAUGGGUUUUGUUUCUUCAGAGUAUUCGCAGAGACCAUGUCUAGUCUUGGUCACAAAAGUUUGACUGAUUUUGUAGUAUUAUUAUGUUUUUUGUUAUGUUUACUUCAGGUUUUUGGAACACCUAUCGAUUUGGACAAAGAUGAUGAAGAUGAACUAUUUCUCAAUAAAAAUAUACCACAUAAAAGAAAAUCUGCAAGAAUGGCCUUCUUAGAAGAGAGCGACGACCCUAUGUUUAAGUUCUUGACGAAGAUUUUGAAUACAGCCCAACAGAGAACCAAAAACAGAUUGGUCAGAGCUCAGAAUGGAAUGAAGGAAACUCAAGAGCUAAAGACUGAAGUGGCGAGGAAAUUGAGAUACAAUCACUUACCCAUUAGAGAAUAUGACUAGAAGUUGUGAAAUUAUUCUUGAGAUAUGUUUAUUUAUAUUUUGAUAAAGGUUUUCUUGAUUA